GCGUCCGGGAGGGGACCCAGGCGUCCGGGGAGGGGCCCCGAUGGGGGCGGGGGGGGAAGCGGCUGCGGCGCCAUGGACGGACGGACGGAGGUGCUGCUGCUGGCACUGGUGACACUGGUGGCGCUGGGAGGGGGACAACCCAUCAGCCCCCGGGCCCCUCCCCCCUGCGAGGUGCCCCCGCCCCCCCGCGACUGUCACGACAUCCACGCGGGGGGGGAACGCGACGACGGCGUCUACCUGGUGUACCCGGGGGGCAGCGGGGCGCCCCCCCUGCCCGUCUUCUGCGACAUGAGCACCCAGGGACACGUCUGGACGGUUUUUCAGAAGCGAUUUAACGGAUCCGUCAGUUUUUUCCGGGGCUGGAACGACUACAAGCAGGGGUUUGGACGCGCCGACGGCGAGUACUGGCUGGGGCUGCAGGCGCUGCACCUGCUGACGCUGCAGGGCCGCUACGAGCUGCGCGUGGAGCUCGAGGACUUCGAGAACAACACGGCGGCCGCCACCUACGGCAGCUUCGCGCUGUCGCCCCACGCCGUGAGCGCCGAGGAGGACGGCUACACCCUGCACGUGGGCGGCUUCGUGGACGGCGGCGCCGGCGACUCGCUGAGCUACCACAACGGGCAGAAGUUCUCGACGUUCGACCGCGACCAGGACCUGUACGUGCAGAACUGCGCCGCGCUCUCCUCGGGCGCCUGGUGGUUCCGCAGCUGCCACUUCUCCAACCUCAACGGCUUCUACCUGGGGGGCGCCCACCUCUCCUACGCCAACGGCAUCAACUGGGCCCAGUGGAAGGGCUUCUACUACUCGCUGCGCAAGAGCGAGAUGAAGAUCCGGCGCCUCUGAGGCCCCGCCCCCUCCCCGCCCCGCCCCCGCCCUCCCCAUGGCUGCAAUUAAACCCCUUCGUUGAUUGGCCAA